CCACCUCACAACCAGCCGCCCCAAAUCCACCUCUCGCCGGAGCCCCAGCAAGCAAGCAAGGCAAGGUAGCCAGGAAGAUGGACGGCAGCAAGGCGAAGAAGGUGGCGGGGAAGAAGCUGGGCGGGCCGAGGAAGAAGUCGGUGACCAGGUCCAUCAAGGCCGGCCUCCAGUUCCCCGUCGGCCGCAUCGGCCGCUUCCUCAAGAAGGGCCGCUACGCCCAGCGCGUCGGCUCCGGCGCCCCCGUCUACCUCGCCGCCGUCCUCGAGUACCUCGCCGCCGAGGUGCUGGAGCUGGCGGGGAACGCGGCCAAGGACAACAAGAAGACCCGCAUCGUGCCACGGCACCUGCUGCUGGCCAUCCGCAACGACCAGGAGCUCGGGAGGCUGCUCGCCGGCGUCACAAUCGCCCACGGCGGCGUCAUCCCCAACAUCAACCCGGUGCUGCUCCCCAAGAAGUCCGCAGAGAAGGCCGAGAAGGCCGGCGCCGCCGCCAAGUCGCCCAAGAAGCCUGCCAAGUCCCCCAAGAAGGCCGCCAAGGCCUAGAUCCGGCCGGCAGUAGCUGUCUCAGCGAACUGACGAUGCUCCGUCGGCGGCUCUCGCGUGCGCAGCGUCCCUCUUAAUUUAGCUAUGUCAUUGAGUGUUCGUGUUUGAUUAGGUGUAGUGGCUGUCUCGGUGGCUGAUUUCAAUAUGUAUCAUCCUGAUGUAAUCGCGAACCAAGGGGAAGCCGCUUGCUUCCUGCUUGACUGAUGGAUUAUCAACUAAGCGUUUCUGAAACUUAA